AUGACCCGAUUCAUUAAGAGUACUAAGACUCGAUUCGCCGGUCAUGAAGAGAUGAUUAGAAACACUAAUGCAACUGUGAGGAACUUGGAGCAUCAAGUAGCUCAAAUAUCCACCCUCCCGAGCAACACUAUGGCUAACCCGAAGGAAUCCUUGAAGGGUGUAACUUUAAGAGAUGGGAAGCAGCUCCAAAAUCUUAUUAAGAAGGAGCCUAAACUGGAAGUUGCUGAACCCAUUGUGACCACUGACAUGGACACCACCAAAAAGGAUAAAACUGCAAUUCUAGUGUAUCCACAGAAACUUCCAUUCCCUGCCAAGGCAAGGAAAGACCAACCAGAUGAGCAGUACAAAAAGUUCCUCGACAUAUGUAAGACUUUGUACAUUAAUGUCCCCCUUGUAGAAGCUCUUGCUCAAAUGCUGUGGUAUGCUAAAUUCCUGAAAGAAUUGCUCACCAACAAAAGGAAGUUGGAGGAUGUGUCUUCUGUGACACUCAGUGAGGAGUUUUCUGCUUUGUUAUGUAACAAGCUCCCCAAGAGGGAGAAAGAUCCAGGGGGCUUCAUUGUUCCGUGCACAAUUGGGGGUUUAGUUGAUGAGAAGGCUCUUGCCGACCUUGGAGCAAGUAUUAAUCUGAUGCUAUACAGAAUUUUUCACAGUUUGGGGCUUGGGAAGCCCAAUCCCAUAAACACAAUUCUACAAUUAGCAGAUCGGUCCACUAGAUGA